CAUUUGACGCGUUUUAUUACCAGCACCACGUACUCAAAAUGGAUGCCUGUGAAGGUGCUAUACAAUCUGCUAUCGCUGAUCUUAACGCUGGUAUUUUUAAGAGCCAGCGACAGGCUGCGCGCGCGUACGGGAUCCCGAGAUCGUCCCUCCAGAGCCGCCUUCAAGGCCGUCAACCACACGUGAUAGCUCACUCAAAUCAACAACGUUUGACACCAGAGCAAGAGCUUUUCCUAGCAGAGUGGAUACUUGAAGAGGAUUCACGUUCACAGCCACCCUCUCACGCGCGAGUACGAGAGAUGGCUCUCCGAAUCCUUCAUAUGAACGGCGACUACGAGCCACUUGGGCACCUGUGGGUAUCCCACUUCAUCACACGGAACCCAUCUAUUGCCUCUAUAGUUGGUCGAACAAUUGAGAGCGCACGGACUACGGCAGCUAGCUAUGAGACUAUACGAGCGUUUCUUGAGCUAUUUGAGCGUACUCGAAUUGAGCUGGGUAUACAGUAUGAAGACAUAUGGAACAUGGAUGAGACUGGUGUCAGUCUUGGGGUAUGUAGCAACACCAGAGUCGUUGCUAGCUCAUCAAAGAAGAAGGCUUAUAUUAAAUCGCCAGAGGAUCGCGAGUGGGUAUCAAUCCUGGAGACAAUCUCCGCCACCGGUACUAAGCUCCAAUGCCUAGUCAUCUUCAAAGGCAAGCAUCUACAAACCACGUGGUUUCCAGCACAAGGGGUGCCUAAUUGGCUCUACACAACGUCAGAGAAUGGAUGGACGUCAAACUCAAUUGGAUCUGAGUGGCUACAACGGAUAUUUAUACCAAAUACUACACCUUCACAAGGUGGGUGGCGGCUACUACUAUUGGACGGCCACGGCUCUCAUACCCCUGUUGACUUUACGUGGACUUGCCGGCAGCAUCAGAUCUAUCUCCUAUACCUUCCACCUCACGCCUCACACGUCCUCCAGCCGCUGGAUCUGGCUCCAUUCUCCGUUGUCAAAACCCACUACCGUAGUCAGAUCCGAGCACUCUCAGCACUCGAUGACGCAGCACCUAUCAAGAAGGAGAGGUUUGUCACCUCAUACAACAAAGGAAGAGAGGAAGGACUAUCUGAGAGAGUUAUACGAGCUGGGUGGAAGGCUGCUGGCUUAUGCCCAUACAACCCAGGCCUAGUAUUACUCUCAUCUCAGGUAUCAGGCCGACCUGUCACGCCUCCUCUAUCUACUCAACCCAUAGAUGACGUAUUUGCCACGCCUCAGAGCUCACAGGCUCUUCACAGGGCUUAUCAACAGCUCCUUUUGUCUGAAUCCCUCUCUCAGAGCACCCGUGUGGUGCUUAGUAAGGCAGGCAAGGCUAUUGCCAAAGCCAACAGCCGCGCAGCUCGGCUUCAAUCUGAGAAUCAACGACUCAAAUAUCAGCUAGAUAGUAGUACAGUCACACGCUCAAGAAAGCGUAUUCAAGUAAACCCAAAUGAGCGCUAUAGCAACGUUGAAGCCAUUAAGGCUGCUAUUGAUCGGGCAGCAGCAUUACAAGCUGAGCAGGCAUCAAGGCACGGAGAAGAUGAGGCUAAAAAAGCAGCAGCAGCAGCAGCAGCAGCAGCAGCUCUCACGCUUCAAUCUAUGUGUAUAGAGUGGCAA